GGCGUUUUACUGGUUACUAAAAAGAGAAGGAUUUCGUUUCUUAUACCGCACCUAAGUGUAGCUUAUAUUCUGACGGUAACAGUAUCACCAAACGCUGCCAACAUGCCCUUCGUCAUAACACUCAUAUUUGAUUGGUUUUAAAUUCAAUUAAAAUCAACCAACAGUCUCCGUACCGCACACGUCCCUGACCAUUGUUUGUUGCCAUGGCCAGUUUCUGAGCAACACUGUGCGCAGCCGGCCGACCAUGCAACGGCUGCAACGACCAAGUGCGGCAGCCCGCUGGGGGCCUCCGUCGAGGCAGGUCACCACAUUCUUCUGCAACUCACACCGACCCCUUGGUUCGGCUAUAAAAUGGCAGCGCUCAGGCGAGUCUGGCUGGUUGUGUCUUUGAUAUUUUUAACUGAGGCGGCACUGCAAUUUUUCGACGGCCAUGAUGCCUCCCGUAUACACCUGGUUGGUUUCAGUGGAAUUGAAAACAUCACGUUUUUCGAAUCGCCUGGAAGCGUUCGAGUUGUGAAAAAAGAGCAUUGUUUCCUCGUGAAGAAUAUGAACAAAUGUCAAUGUAAGGCCGCCUGCCGGGCCCGACCCACCUGUCUGAGCCUGGCUCACAGCGACGAGACCAGCGAGUGUCGCCUAUCCACCCAGCUCCCGCUGUUCAACCGCACCGAGCCGAGCAGCGAGAACUGGCUGGUCCAGUACCGUAAAAUCCCAGGCACACCGAGGCACCUCUGCUCCCGUCACAGCGACUGCGUCCACAUGGAUGGUCCCCACGGGUGUUACGGAAAGAAAGGCGACCAGAAGUGUUGGUGUGAGCGCGACUUCCGGCUCCAGGUGGCCUCCUGCUGCGUCAACACGCGCUGGGGCGACUUCGAGCUGGGCCUGUCCGGCGAGCCGGACCCGGAGUCGCGACUGGAGCAGGUCCCCUUCGACCCGGAACGGUGUCGGAGGCUGUGCGAGCAGACCGCCGGCUGUCUGAUGGUGGCGCUCGGCGUUCAGGAUCAGCAGCCUGUCUGCCAGCUGUUCGCCAGUGUUCGGCCCUCCUCUGAGCGCGAAACCGUCCAACAAGUCGGCCGGUUGUCGGCCCCUGAAGAUGCUCCUUCAGAGGCAGAUAGCAAUCUUGCUGGAGACACUCAGGCUGGAGUAUCGACUAACGACGUCAAAGUGGAAGUUCAGGCCUUUCGCUUUCGACGCGAUACGCCGCCUGAAAACUAUGUUAAAGCUGACGAUGGCCGAUGGUUUCUGCUGGGACUUAACAAAUCAACUGCCAUGGAGGGGAGCGCAUAUUGCAUCAGGAACUGGGGCAUUCUGUAUCCUGCCCAUUCUCUUCAAGACACGAAGAAUGUGCUGGCUCUGCUUGAUGGCAACAACUUCAAGAUGCUGAGCUACGAUAACCUGAUUUACGUUGGCAUUGACCGCGGCGCUGACAUCGUAUACCCUUUAGCUGACACCACCACAGCCUUUAUCACUUCAGACACCCAGCUGACCAUCACUUCAUGGGCGCCAGGGGAGCCGAACCUGCUGCCCCAGGAACAGUGCGCUGUUGUUCACACCGGCACAUCCCUUCUGCACGACAUCAACUGCGACCGUCGGCUGCCGUUCGUCUGCCAGCGGGUCGGGCGCAGAAUCUCGGGGUGGAAACAGUGGUCGGAGCACGACAACACCCUCACAGUGGACCUGGAAGGCCCACAUCAGAUCCACGCAGUGACCUACACCGGCGGCUCUGGCAGCCAGCGGCAGGCGGUCACGGUCACCACAUCCCUGCAGCUGGGACGGUGGAUGCCGUGCGCGCGCGCUGAGCCCUGGGGAGCGGCGCCUCAGGGGCUGGCCCGACUGCUGACCUGUGACCGGGUCACCUUCGGCCGCUACGUGCACCUGCACUUUGAGAGGGCAGUGAGAGUCAGGGGAAAUCCGAGCGUGUUUGGCAUUCCUGUUUUUGGCAGGUAGGCGGCGGACAUUCACUUGCGGUGCUUGAAAGCAAUCAUUCAAUCGCAUACCAAGAGCAUUUACUUUUUCUUUGAUGUAUGAAAAUCACUCUACGCCACAAGCACACAUGCAUACACACAACACAUUCACGUGUACCCAAGCAUUUGUUUGACGAAAGCAAAAAGUAAGAGAUGAGCAGCCGCUUAGAAUAAGAAUGGUGGACAUUGACCCAACCGUCUUAUCUGGACUGACAUAACCUAUGCAUUGAAGCGGUACGACAAGGUGGUAACUGACUACUGGCAAUAUGACCGUUCGGGAACGACCGACGGCGAAGUAUCGAUGUGCGCUGUGCAGAGCGCGGGCCAGGGAGUUGUCUGAUGCCCCGCUCUUUCUCUCUGUCGUCACUUGCCACACGAAUAUGACGUCUAUGCUGUUCAUCUUAGUCAUUGUCUCGGGCCCGCGUCCUGUGGCCUCCCUCCGGCGGCGGUAUGGACCAAACGUUGGACACUCUGCAGCCAGAUGGCGUCAUAAUACACAGCUCAGGCCUUCA